UGCAGCACACACACACUCACACACACACACACUCAUUGAACAGCAGUGGACACGUUAGCUGGAUCUUGUUGUUGUUUUUGUGUUGGAGGUUCUGGUUCUGGUUCUGGUUCUGGUUCUGGUUCUGCAGACAUGUUGCCAAAAACUCGUCUGGGGAAGCGUUCUCCUCUGGGGGCGCUGGUGAGCUCCAUGGGCGACAACGGCGUCACCGUGACAACAGCAGCAGCAGGCCGGGUCAAAGGUCAUCCCGGGCUGAAGGUGUAUUUCCAGUGUGGAGGAGCAGGUGAACCUUCAGGUGUGCUGGAUCAGCCGGACCUGAUGCAGAGCGAGGCCUCGGCCCGCUCGUCCUCGCUGUCCAGCAGCAGAUCCGUCUCAUCCUGCAUCGACGUCCCCAGAAGUCAGAGGAGUCCGGAGGAGGUCGACAUGGACGAGCUGAUGGCGGCGAUGGUCCUCAGCAGUUUGUCCUGCAGCCCUCUGCUGCAUAGCCCCGCCGGCCCGGACGCCACAGCUCCUCCGAUGGACUGCGGCGGCGGGGAGCUCUCCGACGGCGGCAGCAGCGGCUACUGGAGCGUCGGCCAUGGCAACGGAAGCCCGGCUCCCUCUCCACCAAUCACAGAGCCUGCCGCCCACAGCCCGACCACGCCCCCUGACGAAGGCCUGGACAUGGAGCUGGAACAGGUGCUGUUCGACGAGCCGGCGCCGCGGAAACGCAGGAACUCGGUGAAGGCGGCGUACAGGUGUCUGUGGCCCAGCUGUGGGAAGGUGCUCACGUCAGUGGUGGGAAUCAAACGUCACAUCCGGACGACGCACCUGUGCCGCGGCGGCGAGCAUGAGCGUUGCUCUCGCAGUGAGGAGGAUUUCUACUACACUGAGAUCAACCAAUGGGAUCGGCCGCCGUCUCCUCCGCGUCCUGUCCUCGGUGGCUCCGCCUCCCCCAGCUCCCCUUCCUCCUCCCCCUCCUCCCCUCCCAGCCCUGAGAAGCUUCAGACAGACAGAGAGACAGACAGACAGACAGACAGAGAGACAGACAGACAGACAGACUCUCACUCUUCUCUUCUUCUUCAGGGUUUGGCGUUUCGGGUGCGUUCGGCCAGUGUUGGAGAGCAGUGGCUGCAGCAUCAGAGCGCCCCCUGCAGGAGGAUUCGCGGUGAAGCAAAGAAAUGCCGGAAAGUUUACGGCAUCGAGCACAGAGACCAGUGGUGCACGGCGUGCCGCUGGAAGAAAGCCUGCCAGCGCUUCCUCGACUGAACCACAGAGGAAGAGCGAGACGAAGAGGAGGAAAGAACAAGGACUGAAGCAGGCUGGGGACGUCAGCCUCACCUGGUGGACGGACGGACGUCAGCCUCACCUGGUGGACGGACGGACGUCAGCCUCACCUGGUGGACGGACGUCAGCCUCACCUGGUGGACGGACAGAUGUCAGCCUCACCUGGUGGACGUUUUUAUAUUUUCUGUUUUUUAUACUCUUUCUACAUUUUUUUGCUAAAGUGUCUUCACUCUGUUUUUUACAUUACGUGUUUCGUAGAUGUCGUUUCCUGUCGGUGCUUCUUGAUUGGGGCAGCUAUCAUGUGACCUUUGACCUUGAAAGUAAGGAGUCACAUAAACAUUCAGUAACCAUGGAAACGCUCGCUCGGCUCGGCUCGGUCAGCUGGUUCAGGUUCACAGAGAUAACUUCACUUUCCAGCACCUGUUUGGCUCCUCACCAGCACAUGGUCAGUCACAUGAUCAGAAGGCAUCAGCGCUCUGUGUACCUGAACCAGGUGAGGCAGCUCAGCUAAUGGACCUGUACGUGCCAUAUUAUACACAGACGACGCCCAGAUUUCCAUACAGACUGUUCGUUCAGAUAUUUGAUCAAAUCAGAUUUUAUUUGUAAAGUCACAAAAACUUUUAACAGGGAAAAAAGGUUAGCUUAGCUUAGCAUAAAGACUGGAAACAGGUGGAAACUGCUAGCCUGUCCAAAAGCAAAAGAAAACCUGAAGGUGUCCAUCCGUGACUUUUAUUAAUAUUCACUUUAUUCCAAAGUGCAAACACAAAUAAGACGUUAAAGAUGUGAAGCAAAGUUCUUUGUUAGUAUUAACGUGAAUAUAUGCAGACAUUUAAUCUGGAUGAUGAUGGAUCACUGAUGAAGUUUUUAGUUUAGUUCUGCGGUGGCUAAAUGUGAAAUGAUCUCCACCAGACGUUCGUCUCCAGCAACACGUUGACGCAAUCUUCUUGAGCUUUGGUUGAAGUUCGAGUUUGUAUGAACGAGGCCUGCCGUGAUGUUCAGACGUCAGGGAAACAAAGGUCAUUGAAGGUGUCACUGAACGAAUCUGAAGCUUCACCUGGUCAGCAGCGUGUUCAUAUCCUGCCAAAUCACUGCCGUCAUCUUUGUGGUGCGUUCAGGUGCAACACACGUGCUGCGUUUGAGUGUUGGUCGGCGUGUCGGAGAGCUUUAACUCAUUUGUAAAUAUCCCUUCACUUCAUUUCCCAUCAGCCCUUUCUUCAGCCGUUCUGUGUUUGGAAACUGAAGCCAUGUCCACUCGGUGUCCGUGGAAACCACAUGCAGUAUUGAUUCAGAUUCAUCAGAUGUUCUUCGAGGUGUACAUAUCAGAGUUAUGAAUCUUCUUCUGAGGCCUUCAGCGUUCAGCAAAGACUGUUUAUGUCCUCCACUUCCUGUUUGUUCAGCAGCAAAUGUAAACGAUGAUCACUCUUUUCUACAAAGUCCUCGUGUCCAAUAAAAGACGACUCGGACUCAA